AUUGGGCAAAUUUCGCAUUUUCCUUAUGCCAUGUACGCUAAUGGCGGAGGAGCAUUUUUGAUCCCGUAUUUUAUAGCAAUCUUUGUCGUUGUUUUGCCCGGAACUUAUUUAGAAAUGGUUAUUGGCCAUUUAACCGAACGAGGCCCAAUUCGUGCUUGGAGUAAGCUUUCGUCGGCCUUUAAAGUCACUUUUGCCGUUAAUAUAGAUACUAUGCUACGAUUUCCUCAUUACUGCAUGUAUUAUGGAGGAGGUGCUUUCUUUAUCCCAUAUUUCCUAGCAAUGAUCAUUCUAGGUGUAUUUUCAGUUUAUCUGGAAACAUUAAUUGGGCAAAUCACCAAGCUAGGACCAUUACAAGCUUGGAAUAAGUUAUUACCACCGAUGAAAGGUCUUGGAUUUUUAUAUUGCUUAUUUGGCUUAUUUACCAUGGCAUAUUAUUUCGCAAAUAUGUCCUAUGCCCUUUAUUACUUCUAUUUAGUCAAUGCUAAUACCUUUAAUAUUUCAACAUGUAACAAUACUUGGAAUUCACCAAAUUGUACAGUAUCGUACAAUUUUUCCUGUUUUACUAGUAAAAUCUAUACACCAUAUUCUAAUUCGUUGCUCUGGUCUAUUAUUUGCAUAUUUUUAAGAAAUUAUGCCUUCGAAGGUACUCCUGCUCCUAAUCAACUUGGCUCAUUAAUUCCAUCGCUAGUGGCCUGCUCAUUGAUCGCGUGGUUGAUUACAUUUGUAAUCAUGUUAGUUGGCCUGAGAUCUUUGCGAUUUUUUGGUUUCCUCCUUGUCAUUCUAUCAUUUGCAUUUAUCAUCAUGAUGAUUAUCGUCAUUCAAGAUUUAGAUGGAGCAAGAGAUGGUAUUUUAUAUUUGGUAACACCUCAUUAUAGCUACUUGCUCCAGCCUAGUACAUGGGCUAUUGCUGGACUUCAUGCAAUAUGGACUUUAUCGGUGGGCUAUGGUACUUACGCCCAUUUUGGCUAUCGAAAUAAAGCCAAUACUAAUCCGUUUUGGUAUAAAAAUAUUCGCUUUACCACAAUUCACUACUAUUAA